GUGCGAAGGAGGUACCCGCCCUGGCAGACAAAAACCUCAUGGCGAAGAACCAUUCGCAACGAACGAUGCACUACCGUAAACAGAACCAUGUUGCGGUCAUAUUCCACCUUGCUCACGUGUCCGUAGAAAUCCCUCGGCUCGACCAUCUAUCUCCACAUGGCGAAUGUGUCGCUCGUGUCCAAUCCCACCAGUUCGAAGCUGGGCAAGCAGUGGAUCACGCAGCACUUGUACCACAACACCGCGCUAACGUUUGAGAAGUACGAGUACCCGCACAACGUCGUCGACUUUGCCGACAAGGGCAUCGAGUACGUCCACCUAGGGUGCUUCGGCGUCGGCUGCUCCCUUCCCGUGCUGCUGCAUGUCCUGCGCAACCACAUUUGCGACUGGAGCUUGGUCGAUGGCGGGCAUCCAAUGUAUAUCAACACCCAAGCCGAAGUGACUGAAGCCACGACAUUGCACCAGAUCGUCACGCCUCGCAAUCAGCAGCACUUGAACCUCUCCUCACAGGGCGCUUACAAUAAACCAUGCGAAUUGUUUUGA